AUGGGUAGAGACAUUAAUUCAUUCCAUCUUAUUGACCAAAAUAUUCAUUUUGUUGAAAAUGAAUUUUUAUCUAGAGAAAUUGAUGAUGAAUUGGCUGUUCCAAUCCCCGAAGAAGAUAUUCUUGCAUCAACAUUACUCAAUAGUGAACAACAGAAUGUUUACAAUUCUGUCUUGAGAAAAGUUUUAUCAAACGAAACUGCUACAUUCUUUAUUGAUGGAUCUGGUGGAACAGGGAAAACAUUCAUAUAUAAAACACUCCUUGCAACAAUAAGAUCAAAACAAUUAGUGGUUCUUGCAACUGUUUCAUCUGGUGUUGCUGUAUCAAUUUUACCUGGAGGUCAAACUGCACAUUCACGAUUUAAAAUAUCGUUAGAUAUUAACAAAAAUGUCAUAUGUGAUGUUAGUAAACAAAAUGAACUUGCAAAAUUGCUACAGAAAGCAAGAUUAAUUAUAUGGGAUGAAGCUUUUAUGUCAAGAAAAGAAGCCAUAGAAGCAUUGGAUAAAAGGUUGAAAGACAUUAAUGAUUCAGAACUAUCUUUUGGUGGAAAGGUUGUUGUGUUUGGUGGAGAUUUUCAUCAAAUUCUACCUAUGGUUCAAAAAGGCACAAGACAACAACAAAUUGAUGCUAGCUUGGUUUCUUCUUACCUAUGGCAAACAUUGACAAAGUUUCAUUUGACAGAAAAUAUGCGUGCAAGAUUAGAUCUAAACUUUUCAAAAUAUAUAUUAGAAUUAGGCAAUGAGAUGCCACCAAUCACAAUUGAUGAACUUGUCAGAAUUCCUGCAGCCAUGUUGAUCACAUAUGAAAACGAUGCCACUUCUUUGAAUCAUUUGGUGGAUGUUGUUUUUCAUGAUAUUUGUGAUUAUUCAGUAAACAUUUCAACCAUGAUGAAUCGAGCUAUAUUGACACCAAAGAAUGCUUAUGUUGAUGAAAUAAAUACUUUGUUAAUUCAGAAAUUUCCCGGAGAGCUAAAACGAUAUUACAACUUUGAUGAAUCAAUUGACGCAUCUGAACAGGCAGUUAUGGAAGAUUUCUUGAAUAUUCUAACACCAAAUGGACUUCCUCCUCAUGAGUUAUUACUGAAACAAAAUUGUCCAAUCAUGUUGCUCAGAAACAUUAACCCUUCAGAAGGAUUAUGCAAUGGAACAUGA